UCGCUCCGCCAUCUUUGUCGGCUGCCCAUUGUUCACUCUGGAGCUAACAGCGGUGGCAAAUCACUUCAUACUGCGCAAUAAAAUAACUUGACAGUGUCACCGGCAGCUGCCCGCGACAGUCGUGGAUUUGCUCUCAGGGUUGCGACUUGUUCUCGGCCAGCAAGUUAAGCAGAAUGGACGAUGACCAGCCCAAAACCCUGUAUGUGGGGAAUCUGUCUCGGGACGUGACAGAAGCCCUCAUCUUGGAGUUGUUUGGCCAGAUUGGACCCUGCAAGAGCUGUAAAAUGAUAGUAGAUACAGCAGGUCAUGACCCGUACUGCUUUGUGGAGUUCUAUGAGCAUAGACAUGCCACUGCCACAAUUGCAGCCAUGAAUGGUCGGAAAAUACUGGGUAAGGAGGUCAAGGUCAACUGGGCCACGACGCCAACCAGCCAAAAGAAAGACACAAGCAGUCACUUCCAUGUCUUUGUUGGGGAUCUAAGUCCUGAAAUUACCACAGAUGACAUAAAAGCAGCUUUUGCUCCAUUUGGGAAAAUAUCUGAUUGUCGAGUGGUGAAAGACAUGGCCACAGGUAAAUCUAAAGGCUAUGGCUUUGUCUCCUUCUUCAACAAAUGGGAUGCAGAGAACGCCAUACAGCAGAUGGGAGGACAGUGGUUGGGGGGGAGGCAGAUCAGGACCAACUGGGCCACAAGGAAGCCUGCUCCUAAAACUACAAAUGAAACAACCAAUACCAAGCAGCUAUCUUUCGACGAGGUGGUGAACCAGUCCAGCCCCAGCAACUGCACCGUCUACUGCGGAGGCGUCACAGCAGGUCUCACAGAGCAAAUUAUGAGACAGACCUUCUCACCUUUUGGCCAAAUAAUGGAAAUCCGUGUUUUCCCAGACAAAGGCUACUCGUUUGUGAGGUUCAACUCCCAUGAGGCAGCAGCUCAUGCCAUCGUUUCUGUCAAUGGCACAUCCAUAGAGGGCUAUGUCGUUAAGUGUUACUGGGGCAAAGAAACAACAGACAUGGUCAGCCCCAUACAGCAGGUACAGAUGCCACAGCAGAACACGGUGAGCUUCGCAGCGCAGCCCUACAGCCAGUGGGGUCAGUGGUACAGCAACACGCAGCAGAUUGGUCAGUACGUGCCCAAUGGAUGGCAGAUGCCGAGCUAUGGAGUCUAUGGACAGACCUGGGAUCAGCAGGGCUACAAUCAUCUACAUGCUGGAGCCGGAUGGACAGGCGUGGGCGCCGUGAGCAACGGAGGCAUGGUGGAGCCCGGACAGGGCGUCAACGGGACGGUGCUAACCAACCAGGCUGGCAUGGGCACCGCCGGCUACCACACCCACUGAUCACUGGCCGCACUGUAGCCCUCUCUAAGCCUCUGAGGCCACAAGGAUGACACUGCUGGAGAAAGGAGUGCAUCAUAUGCGCUCUCUCUGUCAACACACAAAAAUUAUACUCUUGUUAGGGAGGCUGGUUUGCCAUUUGAUCAAUCAUACCAGCCCAUAACCUCACCCACUGCCCAAAUCUGCAAGUGUAAAGAAAACAGUCCACUCCAGAACACUUAAACACUGUUAGAACAGCUACUGCUAAUGCACCUUUCAUUCCUGGGCCCAUUUUUAUUAUUUGGUGUAUUUUUCUAAAGCCUGCAGAUAACUGGCCAAAUGUAAAUUAUAUGACGUGUCAAGAUAUUUCUAGCACAGCUACAGUUUAGUUUAAAAGGAAGAAACGGUCGACUAAUUAAAUAUAUAUAAUAAAAACACCGGGUUUUGUUUUUCAGCCCCUCAGAGCCAAAGAGGAAGGGCAGACUUUUAUACCAAUAAUCAACAAGUCACACAGGAAGAAGAGGCUUCCAACUCUGCCUCUGAAAGUACUCAAUAGUCCAUAGUCAUGCAUUGCGUGUAUUGAGUAAGGGGCGCGCAAAUUUUUUUUUAUUUUUUUUUUUUAUAUUUUCCUCCCAUUAUUCUGUCCACCUAUUACUUAAAGUGAAAUAUGAGUCCAAGAAAGUUCUCAGGGUGUUGUCAAAGUCAUUCUGUGAAAUGUAGGAAAACACUGAGUACAAGUAGGCAGGUUGAGGGAAAGCGGGAAACCCACAAAACAACAACAACAACAACAACAAGUACAUUUUUGAGCGCUCCUUCACUAAUCUCACAGAACGGACUGAACAGACGGAGAACUCCAGUCUGUUGGAUCAGAAAUGUGUGUGCUUAACGUGUGUGCAUGAACUGAUGCUUUUACACACAAGACUGUCCAGAUCAUCUUCCCCUUAAACAGAAAGGACUACGCCAAUAUUUCUUUUUUUUCUUUCUUUUUUUUUUGCUACAGAUAAAAUAGACAAAGUGUCAUUUUCUUUUUUCUUUUUUUGUUUUGAGCAACUUUAAAAAUGCUGACAUUGUAUAAAGAGCUUUUUUGCCUUUUUUUUUUUUUUUUUUUGUGUUUCAUUUCGGGACUGUCUUAUAAAGAAAUGUUGCAGUGACACCAUAGAAUCAUGUGACAUGUGAGAUCUUUUAUGUUUGUUUAUAAAAACAUUAAGUGGCUGUCAACUGUCAACUUUAUUUUUUAAAUUAGAUUUUCAAUAUCUCAAAUAAAAACCAAUUGCAGGGAUUACUGCCACUCUUAUCUUACUUACAGGCAGACAAAUAUUGCACAAUUACUUAAAGUUAUCUUUUCACAAAAAAAUUGAAAUACUAGGUUUUUUUUUUUUUUUAUGUUUUUUGCAUUCCACUUUCUUUUGUAAUUUCAUUUGGAAGUCUGUUUUAUGUAAAUAACCAAACAGUCUGUUCACUUGUUCUGAAUCUGUAUAAAGACGACAUGUUAAUUAAGGAAGCGUGUUCGCCUCUGGUUGGUGGAAAUGGAUUCAAGAAAAGAAAAAAAACAGCUGUUUGACGGUAGCAUCCCUGUCCAGUGCUGGUCCAUGUACAGUAGAGACAGUGCAUCAUUUUAUUCUUCCAGAAGCAGCGUUGCUAUGCAAUGCAAAAUUAUUUAGAUCUACAAGUAAUUCAUGAUUUAAGUUAUUCUGUUUUAAACCUAAAUAAUUGUUUUUACUGAUAAAGGAAAAACAACCUCAUAAGGAUAAAAUUUUUGCACUGUGGCCACCAUCAUUUUAAUAUAGCUGAAAAAUCCAUUGUGUUGCCUUAUUAUCAGCGAGUUACUUUUUUUUUUUUUUUUUUUUAAUUUAACCAAAAAUCAUCAAAGAGUAGGCGGUGCCUAAGAAUGUUUUCAACCUAUGUUUUGGCAAGGGAAGUUCUGUUGAUGCUUCAGUAACAUGGUUUGUGUUUUUGCUUUGUCCCAUUAAAAUGCUGAUGCUUAAAACGGCUCACAUUUA